ACACUCUUUCUCGUCUGCAGUCAAACACUCUGAAUAUUUGUUGGGUCAGUCUGUCUCAAACAGGAAAUAAGUCAUCACAGCUCUCUGGUUCUCCAAUACAACUCUCAGUAAGAUAGCGAUUCAGGUGCAUUUGUUCUAAGCCUUCCAUAAUCCUGAAGUUCAGCUCUCUGGUUUUUUAAUUAUUUCUUUUUCAGUCUCAUAAUUUUCUAGUAUUUAAUUAGCUUUGCUUUAAUUGUUAUUCCUCCUAUUUCUAUCAUUUAUCUGUUUGCUGGAAACUAGAUUUUUUAUCGUUCAGCUUUUUCUGUUAUAUAUUUGCUUACCUAGAGUUACUUCUUUAAACCCCAAAAAAAAAAAAGCCUUUUUCCCCAUUUUAAUUAUCCAAAAAUUACUCUCCUGCAGUUACUUGUUUUCUGUAUUUUUCCCUUUUCUUCUCUGUUUCCUUAAAGCCUUUUGUCUCAUAUAUUCAGCUUUAAACCAAAAAUCACAAAAAAAUCCAAAAAAAAAAAAAAAGUCCGUUUUGUAUCUUAUUGUUAAAAAAAAAAAACCCUUGUCCUCAGUUAGGUUUUGGUCUUAUUUUUUCUCUUCUGUCUUGUUUUAAUUAUCCAAGAAUUAAUCCUUAAGUUCUCUGGUCGGUAGAUUUUGUUCAUUGAGAGUUUGUCAGUGGCUUUACUUCUUUAAACCAAAAAGAAGGAAAAGAUAAAAAGUAAAUUGCAAGAAAUACGUAAUGGCUGAACUGGCUACUGCUACUGCUGUUGUUUCCAAAGCAGCAGAGACAGUUACAGAGACAGUGUGUGAAUUCGGUUGUCGGCAGAUUAACUAUGUGUUUAAGUACCAGAGCUACAUGAAGAAGCUGAAGGAGCAAGUUAAGGACCUCGAAAUUAGAAGAGAAGAUGUGAAAGAAGAUGUAGAAAUGGCUGAAAGACAAGGUGAACAGAUUUAUAAUGAAGUUACCGAGUGGCUGAAGAGUGUGGAAGAGUUCAUGGAACGGAUAGCAAAGCUCAUUGAUGUUGAAGGUAAAGCAAAGAAGCGCUGUUUCAAAGGGUUGUGUCCUGAUUUGAUUAAACGUUACAAGCUCAGCAAAGAAGCAGAGGAGGUCGCGGAGGUGUGUGUCAAGGUCUUGGAAAAAGGAAAAUUCAGUAGAAUUUCACACCCGACCCUUCUACGGAGGACGGAAUCCAUAUUCGUUGGUAAGGAGUAUGAACACUUUGACUCUAGAGAGUCAAAUUUCCAGGAUCUUAUGGAUGCAUUGAAAGAUUCUACUGUUAAUAUGAUUGGCGUGCACGGGAUGGGUGGUGUGGGUAAAAGCACACUGGUCAAAAAAGUUGCUUGGAAAGCCAAGGAAGAUAAGAUAUUUGAUGAGGUGGUUAUUGCUGAGGUAACACAAACUCCAGAUCUUAAACAAAUUCAAGCCGAGAUUGCUGGUCAAUUGGGCAUGGUAUUUAAGGACCAGGAAAGUCUAUCUGGAAGAGCUGAUCAAUUACGCCACAGGUUAAAGAUUUCCAAAAGAAUCCUUGUAAUAGUAGAUAAUAUCUGGGAGAAGCUUGACCUGAAGAAGGUUGGAAUUCCUUUAAGCUAUGAUGAUAAAGGUAGCAUCCCGCAAGACAGGAUAGAAAGCAAUAAUGAGCAAGAGCGUUGUGCAAUAUUGUUAACAGCUAGAACAUUAGCUGUCUUAAAUAAAAUGAAUACUCAGAAGAAUAUAUCAGUUGAGCCUUUAGCCGGUGAUGAUGCAAGAAGUUUGUUUGGGAAAAUCGUUGGUGAUUUAUCAGAAAAAUGUGGUAUAGCAGCAGAAAUAGUAGAAAAAUGUGCGGGCUUACCACUUGCAAUUACAACAAUUGCAAAUGCUUUGAAAGGUAAAAGUAAUUAUGUCUGGAAGGAUGCCCUACAUCAGUUAAAAAGUUAUAAUCAUAGAUGCAUUCCAGAAAUGGAUAACACUUUAUACUCAACUAUUGAAUUGAGCUACAAAUUGUUGAACAGUGAAGAAGCCAAAUCGCUACUUCUACUUUGUGCUCUAGAUAAUGAUACCCAUGUCGCUAACUUCUUGUUUAGAGGUAUGGGGUUGGGUUUGUUUGAAAAUGUUUACUCAAUUAAUGAUGGAAGGAAUAGAAUAAAGUCGCUAAUUGAUUAUCUCGGAGAUUCGUGUUUGUUGUUGAAAGGUAACGAUAGAGAGAUGGUCAAAAUGCAUGAUGUCGUUCAUACUGUUGUUGUAUCAAUUGCCAAAGAGAAAUGUAUGUUUGAUAUUCGAGAUGUUGAGGGCAUUGAAGAGGUGUUGAUGAACAGAAUGUACAAAGAUUCGAUUGCAAUUUCUCUGUCCAUUAGAGACAUUCAUGAGCUUCCUGAAAGGGUAGAGUGUCCAAAACUAAAGUUGUUUACUUACUAUAUUAAAAAAGAUCUUUGUUUACAAAUCCCAGAUCAUUUUUUCGAAGGAAUGAAAGAACUCAGAGUACUAGAAUUGGGAGGAGUUCAUUUAUUGCCACCACCACCAUCAUUUGUUUGCCUAACAAACGUUAAAAGAUUGUAUCUCUGGAAUUGCUCUUUGGGAGAUAUAACAAUUUUGGGGGAACUAAGGAAAUUAGAGACUCUUGAAUUUCUAAGUUGUGAUUUUGAACAGUUGCCUGAAAGAUUUAAACAACUGACUGGACUUAAGUUAUUACAAUUGAGAGAUUGUCCAAAGCUUAAAGUAAUCCCACCAAAUGUGAUAGCCAGCUUGUAUCGAUUAGAAGAGCUCUAUAUAAAUAAUAGCUUUGAUCGAUGGGAAGUUGAAGGACAAAAUAAUGCUAGUCUUGCAGAGUUGAAGGAAUUGCCUCAAUUGAACACUUUAUGCAUACAUAUUCCGAAUGUGCAGAUCAUACAGCAAGACUUUAUUCCAGUGAACUUAGAAAAGUAUAAAGUACAUAUUGGAGAUGUAUGGGACUGGUCUUAUGAAUAUGAAACCUCGAGAACUUUGAGGCUAAAGUUCAAUGGAAGCAGUCAUAUGAGGUAUGGGAUCAAAAUUUUGAUGGAGAAAGCAAAAUAUCUCUAUCUAGAUCAGCUGGAUGGUGUUAAGGAUAUACUUUGGGAACUUGACAGAGAAGGUUUCCCAGAAUUAAAGCAUCUCUCUGUACGAAAUAGUUCUGAAAUUUUGUAUAUUGUCAACUCGAUGGAGUGCAUUCAUUCUGAUGAUGCCUUUCCAAUCUUAGAAUCAAUGUUUCUUAUUAAUCUAAGUCAUAUGGAGAAGAUAUGUUGUGGCCUAGAUAAUACAAUGUCUUUUAGCCAAUUAAGAAUACUAAAAGUAGCUGAUUGUGACAAGUUGAGGUAUCUCUUCUCAUCCUCCAUGGCCAAAAACAUACUGCUGCUACAAGAAAUUGAUGUGGCUAAUUGCAAGACGCUAAAGGAGAUUUUUGGUGAAGAAAGUGAAGACCAUGCUGAUGAAAACAAAAAGUUUCGUAAGAUUGAGUUUAAACAAUUACACUCCACGGUACUACAAGACCUACCGCAGUUCAUAAGUUUUGGCUUGGAGGUUGUGUUACCAAGAUUGGAGAACUUGAAACUGUCCUCAAUUAAAAUUGAGAACAUAUGGGUUAAUCUACUCCAACCAAUGUCUUCCUAUCUUCAGUGCUUAAAAAGCUUAACAGUGGAAGAGUGUAACGGUUUGAAGUUUCUGUUUUCAUCUUCUAUGGUCAAAAGUUUUGUGCAACUCCAAAAGCUUGUGAUAUGCAACUGUAAGUCAAUGGAAGCAGUAAUUUUUGAGUCAGAAGGAUUAGAAGGAGCAGAUAAGAUACUUCAAAUGAAUUUUCCUAAACUAUUCUACUUGAAGCUACAAGGGCUUCCAAAACUCACAAGAUUUGGUGUUGGAAAUCCAGUUCAACUCCCUUCCCUGAAUGAACUUCACAUUGAGAGUUGCUCUAGUUUAAAGACAUUCUUCCCCAAUUCUUUGAGUGUGGAAGUGAGCUUCGAGAACAUUCUUGCUACUAACAUAGAGCCCCUGUUUGACGAAAAGGCCGAUUUGCCAGGCCUGGAGAAGCUGAUACUCUUACACUUGGGUAAGUUGCAGUUGAUAUGGCACAACCAACUCCAUGGAGAUUCUUUUUGCAAAUUAAAAGAAGUGAGAGUUGAAUUCUGUGAAAAUUUGGUGACUAUCGUUCCAUCUAAUCAUACUCAAGAACUUCUUACCUUUCAGAAUUUAGAAACAUUAACUGUUGAGAACUGUUGGAAUAUAAAAAGUUUGUUUCCAGUUUCCAUAGCUACUAGCCUUUUGCAACUCAAAAAACUUGUGCUAUUCUCUUGCGGUUUGGAGGAAAUUGUUGCCAAGGGGGAAGUAGGUGGGGCACCUAGAUUUUUGUUUCCGCAAUUAACGAGGCUCAGACUUGAGAAUUUACCAGAGCUCAAACAUUUCUACAUGGGGUCCUUUACAGCAGAGUUGUCAAUGCUACAGGAAUUGUUUGUGUACCGAUGCAAGAAGUUCAAAGUCUAUGCUUUAGAUGUAGAGAGCCAACCUGCCCUAUGUUCAUUUGAAAAGGUCAUACCCAAUUUGGAAACAUUGGGUUUAAAUCCUGAUAACGUAACAUCCUUAUGUCUUGAUCGUAUUCCCGCUAGAAGCUUUUGGAAACUUAAAUUUCUUGGGUUGGGUUGCUUUGAUGAUGAUUCAAUCAGAUUUCAGUUUGAUCUCCUUCAAAAAUUGCACAAUUUGGAAGAACUUGGUCUAUAUGAUUGUACUUUCCAAGAACUACUCCCAUAUGAAGGAUAUACAAGGAAACAAAAUUUCCAGUUGGAAACAUUUCUCCAAAAUCUUCGAACUCUGAGUGUAUUGAGAUGUCAUUGUUUGACAUAUUUAAUGUCGUCCUCACUCAUCUGCUUCAAGAACAUUAAAAAUUUGGAAGUUAAUUGUUGUAAUGGACUAGUAAAUAUAUUGUCAUGCUCAGCGGCAACAACUCUUGUCCAUCUUGCAACAAUCUCAAUAAGACAAUGUGAAUUAGUGACAAAGUUUAUAGCAACUGAAGUAGAUACAACAAAAGAGGAGAUUGUUUUUAGUCAACUUAAAGUUCUAGAGCUUCAUUGUUUAAAAAGCCUCACAUGCUUCUGCUCUGCCAAUUACGCAUUCCGAUUCCCAUGCUUAGAACAAGUAAUUGUGAGUCAAUGCCCUAAUAUGAAGACUUUUUCUCAAGGAGGUUUAAGCACACCAAAAUUAAACAAGGUGCAACUAACAAAGAAGAUCAAGAUAGAGUCUUUUUGGAAGGAUGAUCUUAAUUCCACUAUCCAACAUAUGUUUACAAAUAUGGUCGGUUUCGACAACAUGGAGGAUCUGAAACUCUCCAAAUUCCCUGAAUUACAAGAGAAAAUUUGGAAAUCUGAAGUUCCAUACGGCUUAUUUUAUAAUUUAAAGUCGCUGGUUUUAGACACAUUUUUGGAAUCAUCAAGUGCAAUUCCAUUUCGUGUGUUAAGCGACUUAAAAAAUCUUGAAACACUGGAAGUAAGAAGUUGUGAUUUGCUGACACAAGUGUUUGAUACAGGAAGACCUCUAAAUGUUGAUGGACAUACUUCAAAGAGAGGUCAUCAAGAUGUUCCGAACUUGAACAAUUUGAAGUCUCUUAAAGUGCAUGAUUGUAAUGGAUUGAGAUAUAUAUUUACACUGUCCAUCAUCCUAGGCCUUGUUCAGCUUCAAGACAUAGAAGUCAAAAACUGUGAUUUGGUAGAAGAAAUCAUCAGGAAAGAAGGAGAAAAUGAAACAGAGAUUGAUAAAAUUGUUAUCCCCGACCUGAAGUCCAUUUGUCUUGAGUCAUUGCCAAACUUGACAAGAUUCUGUUCAGGAAUUAAUGGUUUGGCCUGUCCGUCGUUGAAAACUAUUAGAGUAGCCAGAUGUCCAGAGAUUGAGACAUUCGUUUUUGUUGAUAUGAUGCACCAAUCAGACCAUAUUGCACCUCUCUUCUGUGAAAAGGUUGCUUUUCCAAGAUUGGAGGAGAUGAUACUCUUACACUUGGGUAAGUUGCAGUUGAUAUGGCACAACCAACUCCAUGGAGAUUCUUUUUGCACAUUAAAAGAAGUGAGAAUUGAAUUCUGUGAAAAUUUGAUGACUAUUGUUCCACCUAAUAGUAGUCAAGGACCUCUUACCUUUCAGAAUCUAGAAAUAUUAACUGUUAAAAACUGUUGGAAUUUAAAAAGUCUGUUUCCAGUUUCCAUGGCUACUAGUUUUUUGCAACUCAAAACCCUUGAGCUAUUCUCUUGUGGUUUGGAGGUAAUUGUUGGUGAGCAGGAAGUGGGUGGGACCCCAAAAUUUUUGUUUCCUCAAUUAACGAGGCUCAAACUUGACAAUUUACCAGAGCUCAAACAUUUCUACAUGGGGUCCUAUACAACAGGGUGGCCAAUACUUACGGAAUUGCUUGUGUACGAUUGUAAGAAGAUACAAGUAUAUGCUUUGGAUGGAGAGAGCCAACCUGCACUAUUUUCGUUUGAAAAGGUUAUACCCAAUUUGAAAACAUUGGGUUUAAAUGCUGAUAACGUAACAUCCUUAUGUCACGAUCAUAUUCGAGCUAGGAGCUUUGGGAAACUUAAAUUUCUUGGACUGGAUAGCUUUGAUGAUUAUUCAGUAGAAUUUCAGUUUGACCUCCUUCAAAAAUUGCACAAUUUGGAAACACUUGGUCUAUAUGAUUGUACAUUCCAAGAACUACUCCCAUAUGAAGGAUAUGCAAAAAAACAAAGUUCCCAAAUGGAAACAUUUCUCCAAAAUCUUCAAACUUUGAGAGUAUGGAAAUGUCAUCAUUUGGCAUAUUUGAUGCCAUCCUCAGUCACCUGCUUCAAAAACAUUAAGAAUUUGAAAGUCUAUCGUUGUAAUGGAUUGAAAAAUAUAUUGUCAUGCUCAGCGGCAACAACUCUUGUCCAUCUUACAACAAUCUCAGUAAAAGAAUGUUUGUCAAUGACAAAGGUUAUAGCUACUGAGGUAGAUUCCAUGGAAGAGGAGAUUGUUCUUAGCCAGCUAAAAAAGUUGAAGCUUCAUUGUUUAAAUAGUCUCACAUGCUUCUGUUCUGCCAAUUAUGUAUUCCGAUUCCCAUCCUUAGAAAAAAUAAUUGUGACUCAAUGCCCCAAUAUGAAGACUUUUUCUCAAGGAGGUUUAAGCACACCAAAAUUAAACAAGGUGCAACCAACUAAGAAGAUCAAGGCAAAGCCUUUCUGGAAGGAUGACCUUAAUUCCACUAUCCAACAUAUGCAUACAAAUAUGGUCGGUUUCGGCGACAUGGAGGAUCUGAAACUCUCUGAAUUCCCUGAAUUAAGAGAGAAAAUUUGGAAAUCUGAAGUUCCAGACGACUUAUUUUAUAAUUUAAAGUCGCUGGUUUUGGACACAUUUUUGGAAUCAUCAAGUGCAAUUCCAUCUCGUGUGUUAAGCGACUUAAAAAAUCUUGAAACACUGGAAGUAAGAAAUUGUGAUUCACUGACACAAGUGUUUGAUACAGGAAGACCUCUAAAUGUUGAUGGACAUACUUUAAAGGGAAGUCAUCAAGAUGUUCUGAACUUGAACAAUUUGAAGUCUCUUAAAGUGCAUGAUUGUAAUGGAUUGAGAUAUAUAUUUACACCUUCCAUCAUCCUAGGCCUUGUUCAGCUCCAAGACAUAGAAGUCAAAAACUGUGUUUUGGUAGAAGAAAUCAUCAGGAAAGAAGGAGAAAAUGAAGCAGAGAUUGAUAAAAUUGUUAUCCCCCAACUGAAGUCCAUUAGUCUUGAGUCAUUGUUAAACUUGACAAGAUUCUGUUCAGGAAUUAAUGGUUUGGCUUGUCCGUCGUUGAAAACUAUUAGAUUAGCCAGAUGUCCAGAGAUUGAGACAUUCGUUUUUGCUGAUAUGAUGCACCAAGCAGACCCUAUUGUACCUCUCUUCUGUGAAAAGGUUGCUUUUCCAAGGUUGGAGGAGAUGAUACUCUUACACUUGGGUAAGUUGCAGUUGAUAUGGCACAACAAACUCCAUGGAGAUUCUUUUUGCAAAUUAAAAGAUAUGAGAGUUGAAUUCUGUGAAAAUUUGGUGACUAUUGUUCCAUCUGAUAGUACUCAAGGACUUCUUAACUUUCAGAGUUUAGAAACAUUAACCAUUGAGAACUGUUGGAAUAUAAAAAGUCUGUUACCAGUUUCUGUAGCUACUAGUCUUCUGCAACUAAAAAAAGUUACAGUAAACUCUUGUGGUCUGGAGGAAAUUGUUGCCAAGCAAGAAGUAGAUGGGACUCCAAGAUUUUUGUUUCCUCAAUUAACUAUGCUCAAACUAGAGAAUUUACCAGAGCUCAAACAUUUCUACUUGGGGUCACAUACAACAGAGUGGCCACUGCUAAAGGAGUUGUAUGUGUAUGAUUGUAACAAGAUCAAAGUAUAUACUUUGGAUGGAGAGAGCCCACCUGCCCUAUUUUCGUUUGAAAAGGUCCUACCCCUUUUGGAAUCACUGGGUUUAAAUGCGGAUAAUGUAAAAUCCAUAUUCGUGAAUUGUAUUCCAGCAAAUAGCUUUGGAAACCUUAAAUUUCUUCAUGUGGCUAGCAUUGAUGAUGAUUCAGCAGAAUUUCAGUUUGGUCUUCUUCAAAAAUUGCAGAAUCUGGAAUCACUGGAUGUAUGUAAUUGUACUUUCCAAGAACUACUCCCAUACGAAGGAUAUGCAAGGAAGCAAGAUUCCCAAGUGGAAACAUUUUUCCAAAAUCUUCAAACUCUAAGAGUAAAGAGUUGUCAUCGUUUGACAUAUUUGAUGUCAUCCUCAUACAUUUGGUUCAAAAGCAUAAAGCAUUUGGAAGUCUACAAUUGUAAUGGAUUGGCAAAAAUAUUAGCAUGCUCAAUAGCAAGAAUUUUUGUCCAAAUCACAACAAUCAAAAUUAGAGAAUGCGAGUUAAUGACAGAAGUUAUAGCAACUGAGUCUGAGAUAGAGACAACUGAAGAGGAGAUUAUUUUCAGUCAAUUGAAAACGUUGGAGCUUCAUUGUUUGAAAAGUAUCACAUGCUUUAGCUCUGCUAAUUUCGCUUUCCAAUUCCCAUGCUUAGAACAAGUGAUUGUGAGUCAAUGCCCCAAUUUGAAGAUUUUUUCUAAAGGAGGUUUAAGCACACCAAGACUAAAGAAGGUACAACUAACAGAGAAUAUUGAUGCAAAAUAUUUUUGGAAGGGUGACCUGAAUUCGACUAUCCAACACAUAUGUGGGACUUGUGUGUCUUAAACUUUUACUUGAAGGGCAUAACCGCAAUUCAAUAAAGUGGGGUUAAUAUGUCAUUCCCUGGUAGGGUAAAAAAUAGUCAUUAGGUGGCUUAGAUAUUUUACUGUCCUUGAGCAUAAAAAACCAGGGUUAUUUGAGUCGGCGGAAUUCGAUAUAUUGAGUGUGUGUCUCAAACGGUUUGAGGGUAAGUCUUUCUAGCUUUAAUGGCAGUCUUGUAAUAUUGCAAAUAAGUUAUGUGCAUUCUUGGUUAUGUGUUUUUUUAACAAAGAUAUAAAAGUAACGUUUUACACUA